AUGAGCGAGAACAAGAGGAAACAACCGCCUGGUAGCGGGCCCCAGGGCCAGACGAAGAAGAGCAAGAGAGGCAAUGAUGGCAAGUGGCAGACGCCUCACCAACGGAAAAUGAUCUCCCAACGAAUGGAUAUGGGUGGUUCCGUUGAAAGCGGUGACGCCGGCAUCUGGGUGACGUGCCAGCGAGGCCUUGAGAAGAAGGCGAUUUCUGAGAUGAUCUUAUUAUGUGACGAGCUGGGAGAGACUCUGUACGACAUCAAGGCACCAUCCAAACUGGAAGAAAACGAGGCGUUAGAUGCUCAGGAUGACAAAGACAUUGCCUCUAGCAUCGAGGAUGAGAUUAAACGCAUGAAGAAAGACAAAACGUCCAAAGCGGACUACACGUUUAUCCCCGUGCGGUCGGGCAUCGAGUGCGUCUUCUUCAUGAAGACGAGGAGUCCUGUGGAACCGGUCGAAUUUGUGAACAGGAUCUGCGACGACGCGGAAAAGUGCACCGAUAUGACGGAGAGGAAACUCCGGCACAUCAAUCGGCUUACACCUGUGGUCCUGAUCGGGAAGUCCCUGGAUUCUGGAAUCGAAAAGGUGGCGAGAGAAGUCCUGAAGUCCACGUUUGCUCUCAACCCUGAGAAUGCGUCUGAGCCGACCACAGAGGCGGAGGAGGAGGCGGAUGGAGCGGCACACUCGUAUGCGAUUCGGCCCAACAUUCGAGCUAGUUCUUUGAAGAGGGACGAGGUCAUUAACCGGGUGGCCGCGUUGGUUGGACCAAAGCAUAAAGUCAACCUUACGACCCCUGACAAGGUCAUCUUGAUUGACAUCUACAAGAACCUUUGCGGCAUGUCGGUGGUAGAUGGCCCGAGGUGGGAUGCUUUGAAAAAGUACAACGUCAACGAGAUAUACAAGCAAGCUUUGGCGAAGAAAAGUGAGAGGCCAGAGACUAAGUCUGAUGCUGCCGCUCCCCCGGCUGCAGCGCAGACGGAGGUGGAAACUGCGGGAUGA